AUGUGCCGGCCCUGCGAGAGCUGGGACGGUUCCGCCUCACCUGCUCUCCUGCCAGCUGGCACCUACCUCCCCAACAUCCCUCCCACCUUUUAUCUUCCUUGGUCAUUGACCCUGAAGACCGCAGUUGUCUCUCCCUCUUCCUGUGUCCUCCGGACGCAGGGACUUGGGCCUGGACACCUGGUGGAGCUCGUCCUCGCCCAGGGCAGAGCCGGACGGCUGCUGGAGACUCUGACGGCUGCACCUUUACCACAGCCCAGACCCUUGGCGCCAAGUUCGGCUACGGCAUUCGGGGCGGACGUGGUUCGCACCCGUCGCGAAGCCCGCCCCCCUCUCGAUGACCUGGUAGCCAGCGCCGUGCGGAUGUCUUGUUUUCCGACGGCCCAGCCUCCGGACCCUGGUGCGGUGCAUGGGGCCAUGGCCCUCCCCCCCGGGCCCGCGGAGCCCCCGGGCCCCGAGCCCCCGGUUGGCGGGGGCGGCGGCGGCAGCGUUGGCGGGGCCCGCGCCCGGCACGUCAUCAUCAACGUGGGCGGCUGCAGGGUGCGCCUGGCCUGGGCCGCGCUGGCCCGCUGUCCCCUGGCGCGCCUCGAGCGCCUCCGCGCCUGCCGCGGCCACGACGAGCUGCUGCGCGUGUGCGACGACUACGACGUGAGCCGCGACGAGUUCUUCUUCGACCGCAGCCCGUGCGCCUUCCGCGCCAUCGUGGCGCUGCUGCGCGCCGGGAAGCUGCGGCUGCUGCGCGGCGCAUGCGCUCUGGCCUUCCGCGACGAGCUGGCCUACUGGGGCAUCGACGAGGCGCGCCUGGAGCGCUGCUGCCUGCGCCACCUGCGCCGCCGCGAGGAGGAGGCCGCCGAGGCGCGCGCGGGGCCGGCGGAGCGCGGCGGCCCCGGCAGCCCGGCCUGCGCCCCUGGGCCCGGCGGCGGGCGGCUGGCGCGCGGCCGGCGGCGCCUGCGCGACGUGCUGGACGACCCGCGCUCGGGCCCCGCCGGCAAGCUCUUCGCCUGCGUGUCCGUGGCCUUCGUGGCCGUCACGGCGGUCGGCCUCUGCCUCAGCACCAUGCCCGACAUCCGCGCCGAGGAGGAGAGGGGCGAGUGUUCCCGCAAGUGCCGCAGCCUGUUUGUGCUGGAGACGGUGUGCGUGGCCUGGUUCUCCUUCGAGUUCCUGCUGCGUUCGCUGCAGGCUGAGAGCAAGUGUGCCUUCCUGCGGACGCCGCUCAACAUCAUCGACAUGCUGGCCGUCCUGCCCUUCUACGUGUCGCUGCUCGUGGGGCUGGCGGCGCGGCCGGGCGCGGGCGGCAGCAAGCUGCUGGAACGCGCGGGGCUGGGGCUGCGGCUGCUGCGCGCGCUGCGCGCGCUCUCCGUGAUGCGCCUGGCGCGCCACUCGCUGGGGCUGCGCUCGCUCGGCCUGACCGUGCGCCGCUGCGCGCGCCAGUUCGGGCUGCUGCUGCUCUUCCUCUGCGUGGCCAUGGCGCUCUUUGCACCUCUCGUGCACCUGGCCGAGCGCGAGCUGGGCGCGCGCCGCGACUUCUCCAGCGUGCCGGCCAGCUACUGGUGGGCCGUCAUCUCCAUGACCACGGUGGGCUACGGCGACAUGGUGCCGCGCAGCCUCCCCGGGCAGGUGGUGGCGCUGGGCAGCAUCCUCAGCGGCAUCCUGCUCAUGGCCUUCCCGGUCACCUCCAUCUUCCACACCUUCUCGCGCUCCUACUCAGAGCUCAAGGCGCAGCAGCAGCGCGCCGCCAGCCCCGAGCCCGCGCUGCGCGGGGACAGCACGCGCUCCGCCUCUGCCGGCGCCUCCGCCGCGGAGGACGACGGCCCGCAGGGCCCCGACGGUGCCGGCCCGGCCGGGGGCUCCGCGGCCGGGCCGUGGGCGCCCGCGGGGCCGCCCUGA